UAUAAGAUGUCGGCAUCCUCCGCUCUUCCGUUUCGUUUCCUCAAAUUCUUUUUAUAACUUCCAUUUCCAAUAGAAUCAAUGCAUAUUGAUAGUGACAUGAGGCAGGCGUAUGCGGGUGCUCUUACCACUGAGUGGACAUGCCAUUUUUCAAGAGAAACAGUGACAAACAACCCAAAACCCCAACCACCCCCACUUCGCCAGUGCCAUCCAUCAGAGGGGGUUUGAUCAAAAGGACACCGUCUAACAGGAGCCAGAUUUCAGAUGAUUUACCAAAUGGUGACAUCGGGUUGCCAGUCUCCCUGCUGCAGGCUGCUUCAUCCCGUUCUGCACCCAGACCCCCGGGUUCUCUACUGCUGACACUAGACGAUGGCGACCUGGGAAAAUCCCUGCAGCUGGACUCGCCUUUACGCACAUCUUCAAGGCUGUCAAAAACAUUCCAAGAGAUUCUCCAUGAUAAAGAUGCUCUCCCGUACUUUAUCCAGUACAUGGAAUCCAAAGAUGCUGAUCAUCUUAUACGAUUUUGGUUGGAUGCAGAGAGUUUUCAGGCGGCCACAUGGACGCGCAUCCGUACACAGUCGAUGCAGUCUCUUAGCAAGAGCUCUGUUGCACGGUCACCAGAAACAGAUCAUCACAAAUAUAGUGAAGAUACCAUUGUGAAGGAGAGCUCUAGUAAGGGAGAGAACUCUGCCGUUAGCCCUAGUGAAGGACAUCAGUCUGCGUCCCCUACUUCUGUAACAGGCAAGACUGAUGGUGCGACAUUUAACAAUCCAGGCACCACUGAUGGUAGUGCCAACAUGGCAGCCGGUGCUGAUGUCAACAACUUAGUCAUUAGUUCAAACAUUAGUCAUCCCAGUAGUGCUAGUACCUGUCAUGCUGGUCCAAAUAGUGAUAGUGCCAAUAGUACUACUUGUGCCAACAGUGCUUAUACCAAUGCAAGUCUCGGAGUGACCACUGAGCCAGUUGUCUCAGAUAGACUUGAGGAGGGUGUCUCAGAAAGCAGUUCGUCAUCAUCAGCAGACGUCCAGUCACAAAGUUCACAAGAUCGCACUCGUUCAAAACAUUUCACCUCGCACGAUAAUGCAAAGUCUGAAACAGUUGAGACUGUUUGCAGUGGCAAAGUUACGGUCUCGGACAAUGCUCCUGUGUCUAUAAUUUCCACAUCUCAGUCCACCGAUUCAGCGAAGUCUGACAGUGAUUUUUCUAACCGUAAAUCCAUCAAUCAGAGUGAAGUGGAGGAGAGGCUGAGUCAGCUGAUGAAUUCGGCGUCCAGUCAGACGAUGAAGGCUAGAAGUGGAUCUCAGGAGGAGAAAUACAAGAAAAGUAUAGAACGUGACGCUGUCAACAUUUAUUCCAAGUACAUAUCAUUGGAUGCGACAAAACCCAUCGGCAUCAGUGAAGAGCUUAGGAAUGCUACCAUAAGUAAAAUGUGUGGUGAGGAUGGGCAGGUAGACCCCAGGUGUUUUGCGGAGUGUCAGGAUUUUGUCGUAGCGAUUAUGGAAGCUGAGCACUACCCUGAUUUCAUUAGAAGUGUGUUCCACUGUAAGCAUCAGAUAGAUGUGUUAACCAGUGGCAGGGUUUACUUGGCUGAUUGUCUCUACAACGAGGCAGCCAUGUUUUAUUUUAUGGAGUUCAUAGAGCAAGAAGGAGCUUCUAAUUUGCUGCAGUUUGUGAUGGCUGCGGACAACUUCCAGCAGCACCUGCAGGCUAUGAGCGGAUACGAUGGCGUGCAGGCACAGUCCGAUGCCAUGGUGCUCUACGACAAGUACUUCUCACUCCAAGCAACAACACCAUUGGGGUUUUCUGACAAGAUUCGGUUCGAGGUAGAGUCCAACAUCUGCCGAGAAGAAGGUCCUCUUCCUGACUGCUUUGCUAUCCCCAGAAACAUAGUUCUUAAGUCCAUAGAAAAGAAUUAUUUCCCUCAGUUUUUGCAGAGUGAGUUGUACUAUAAAUAUUUAUCUGAGCUGGUCAACACGAUACAAAUGGCACAAGACUUCCCACAGAGGUCUCGGAAACGAACAGAGAGUGACGGGUCAUCAGAACACAGUGGGGGGAGUCAGAGCGUUGGCAGUGAGUCUAUCAGUAUGAAGAACACACUACUGGCCUCUGACACACGGCACUGGAAGAAAGUCCUCCACAAGUUUGAAGAUGAUUUACUGAUUGACCCGGUUCUGCUGAACCCAGACUCGCUCUGGAAACGCUCCACUUCUGGUGGGAUGACCCUGGGCAAAGUGGAUAAGUUAGGGCAGUUUGUCUCCGAGUUUGAACCAGAGCCAGAUCACGAGAAAAAGAAAUCAUCAGGGUUUUUCAAGAAAAGGCGAGAAAAGGACAAGGAGCAGGAAGAGAUGGCGUUGCGCAUUGCGCAGACAAUCAUCAGUGGCGUGACGUCAGUCACACAAGGAGACGGAGCUCCUGGGGUCAGUGCAAUGAAGGAAGGUCAGCAAGGGUCUUGAUGAAGGUUUGGCUGUGGGCCAGCUGUUCAACAACGCAAGAUUUCGUCCUGUUUCAGUCUGAAGUCAAAUCCUACAUCAGACAGUCUGUGUUAGACUAAAAACCACCCUGUAAAGAAAAUCUAAAAAUGUCAAUUCUAGCCGUGUAAUAAUAUUAUUGAGAACUGUUAGUAGUCUGUGAUAUAUUGAUUCCUAUACAUGUACAGAUCAUGUGUAUUCAAACAUAUUUACAUUAUAAAACAUGUUGUACUUCUACCAGUGAGUUGUUAGUACUGCUGCUGGUUACAACUGUGAAAGGAUAGUAUAGGCAAUGGAGCUGCCAAUGGUGCAAGCCAUUACCUAAGGAAAUAAUUAUUUGAUAAUUAAUGUGUGCAAAUAAUUGACAUCUAAACAUGAUUCUGUUUUACAUUAAAUGUGUGUUUUUUUUCCACUGCACAUAUGUAAGUGAUUUUGCGAUAUACAUAUAUCAUAAAGAUAAAGCCCAAGAUUGUACCACAUACAGAAGGCGACACUCAAAUGAUCAUGAUAUACUUAAACGUUUGUAAAUCUUGUGUGAUGGUCUUUUCACAUUGUGUUGAAUUAGACAUCUGUGUAAAUGUCAGUAUGGUACAUUGUAUAUUGAAAUGAACAUAGCACGUAUGUGUAUGAUUUGAUCACACUGUUAUCCAUCUGCACUGUGUAAAAGAAAACUGAGACCAUGUGGAAGU